CCUGUGACAAGAGUUUUUAUGAGGUGUGGAACAAAGCUGGGCCAGCCAGUAAUAAUUUCAGGACCUGAUUCCAAAUGCUUUUAUGAUUUUGUUUGGGAAUCCAGCUUAGCCUGCUCUGAUUCAGCGGAGGAAGUAAAGCUAGAGAAGGAUGUCAUAGUAAAAAACUCAAGAUUCAGUUAUUCCUUGGACAUUGGAGGUAUUUUGAAUCGAACAUUUAUUGUAAAUGGUACUUCAGUUUCUGGUCAAUAUAAGUAUGAAAUUAAUUUGAAUGGUGUUUCCCAGAAUUCGUCGGAUUCAAAUGCUUGUUCCAAGGCUGCUGUUUGUCAGACUAAAAUAGAUACAAAUUUUAUUCGAGAUAUUGGUAGCACUGACUCUGGGAUCUUCGUUGCGAGAGGCUCCACACUGCAUAUAACAUUAGUAUCUCAAACUCAAUCAUGUGUAAAGAACAGUAUGAAAAAUGUUACCACAAUUAUCAAUCUACAGUGCGCUUUGGGAGCUGGAAUUGGCAGUCCCAUUUUUCUUUAUGAAUCUGACUGUGUUUAUUUGUUUGAUUGGGAAACAAGUGUAGUAUGCCCCGAUUUUCAUAAGAGGAAUCUUCAUACCAAACCUACAGUUGCUGAUCAUUUCAAUGAGGAACCAUCUAACAAUAAAGCGAAAAUAGCAGUGGGUAUUAUCCUUCCACUGAUAAUUCUGGGGGUAGUUGCAUUCAUAUUUGCAAAACCUUCAAGAAGAGCUGUGAUCUCUUCAAGAUUUCGGAGCUUAGUGAACACACAAAAUCUUCCUUCCUUCAGGUAUAAGAAGGAUGACAUGCUCACAGAAUUAUCCUAGGAUUUUGCAGUUAAAGUGCGUCAGCAUUCCGUGCCAUACACCACCACACCACUGUGGAGAAAACUGCAACUACAAGUAUAUCCAUCUGUCUUCUACUAGAGAAUAAAUACAGCCACUUCUUUUCCUUUUUACUGUGAAGACACAAGGGGAAUGGAAAUGUUCCAACAUUUGUAUUAUAAUGUAUUUUUAAUG